GCAGUAAGUAUAUCCCGCAUCUACAAGAGUUUCGCAACCCAGCACUUCCGCAAAUCGCUAAUUGGAUUGAUCUUGCCCGCGAUGAAUGCACAGUCUCUUUUACUUUUGGGCGCUGCCGCUUUUGCAACGGCAACAGCAGACUACGAGUGGCUCCCCGCGGGACCAGGCGAUAGCCGCUCACCCUGCCCCAUGCUCAACUCCCUGGCCAACCACGGCUACCUCCCCCACAACGGCCUCUCAAUAUCCCAAGACGACGUCAUGACUGCCCUCAACGAAUCCGUCAACUUCAUCGCCGACGCCCUUGGCCCCAUCAUCCAACUGGCCCUUACUACCUCUACCACAGGCAACGCAUCAACAUUCAACCUCGCCGACACGGCGAAGCACAACGUCAUUGAGCACGAUGGCAGUUUGAGCCGCGACGAUCUUCACUUUGGGAAUCAAAAGGAUUUUGAUGCCGUUGUGUGGGCAGAAACCGUCGCCCAUUUCACCGAGGAGACUAUUCCGCUUCAGACGGCUGCGAGCGCAAGGGUCGAUAGACUGGCUGCGGCGCAGGCAGUGAAUCCGGAGUUUAAUCUGACUAGUUUGGGGCCCACCGCUAGUGUUUUUGAAACGACGUUAUAUGAAAUUACGUUUGGGGAUAGGGUUGAAGGGAAUCCUCCGACGGAAUGGAUUCGUGUUUUCUUUGAACAGGAGAGGAUUCCGUUCGAGGAGGGAUAUGUGAGGCCUGACAAUGGGAUCACGACGGAAGAGUUCAACGUCAUGGCGGCGAAAAUCGUGGCGUUAUCUUAAAGGUUGGUAUUUACAUGGGGGGAUUCAGGUUUGAGCUCAACAUAUUUGGCAGGUUUCAUGGGAAAAAAUCGGGCUUUAAUUUUGUGUAAUAAUACGGCUAUAUAAGUCGCGAUGGGCUGGUGUAGAUAUUUCUUGGUAUUCCUAGACAUCCCACUGUACUAAAUUAAUCUAAGCUCACGUCCC